UGCCUGAUUUGAUAUUUUUGUGAUAAUACCCUAUUCCGAAUUAAGUAUCAUGAUAUCUGAGCAUGCACAUUUGAUAAAAUAAAUCCCGUUAUAAAAUAAGAAAUCACACACAUUAUGCAUUUUUUUGUAGUUUAGGAUUCUAUAUAAAUUAUAAACCAAGAUUUAGGACGCUAUCAGGAAUUGUUAUGUGAUCACAAGAAUCAUGGGAAACGUAUCACUGAACACUGAAAUAUCUGUAUACCUAUUUGAAUGACUGCGUUAUACAUAGAUCUAAAAAUAGCAUAUCAUCUGUACGGAAGCUUGUGUCGCUUAAGAAAUUCAUGUUUUCAUCAUUAUUAAAUAAGCAAAGCUGAUAAUAAAUAUCACAGACCUUAUAUUUCUUAUUAUAUGGCCGACCCACGAUUUCAAUUAGUUCAACUCUUUGGCACCAACGAUCUUUUAACUAUUGUGGGGGUAAAAAGCAUUGAGACAUAUCAACUAAACUCGUUAGAUGAUGUCAACCUUUUACGUCAAUCUUAUCUACGCAAAGUAAUUCGUUGCCAUCCAUUCUCCUCUGGAGUGGAUUUGGAAACUCAGGAUGGGAUCAAAGAAGCCGUGACCAGGGAGAAAGGAGUAUUUGUCCAAAGGGACUAUUCCAGACUUUCUCUCCUUACAAUAUUUGCGAGAUAACUCUUUCAAAGGUGAUGAGAGAGAUUAUGUAAUUCCGGAAUUCGAGGUUGCUUGUUUAGAAUUGAAGUCCUUAUACAAAGAGCAGAUGAAGAAAAUAAAGGAAAUUCAGCAGGCAGCAUAUUUAACUGAGGAGUCUACUGCUACGAGUCAAAGUGGAGAUUUAUCUUAACUACUUUAGCAUUUAAUUUUAAAUUUUAAGGAAAAAAGCAUCAUAAAAUGUAAGCUAAAUGUAAGUAGUCUGAAAUCUGAAGCCUAAAAUUAUGAGAUCCAGUAAAUACAUGGAGUUUCCAGGCCGGGAAUCAGCAUCAUCAUUCUGCCGAUUCACUCAAAGUAUUUGGUGACAGGCAAUUAAAUUAAUAAUCGCGUUGUAUUAUCAGUACCUUUCUAAUAAAUACAUCAGUUCAAUUAACUAAAUAUUUUUGUAUCAUUAGUAGUGUUUUUUAAUGGUUAUUGGUCUUGUCGACUAUCGAAACUUUUGUAGCAAAGAUUUUAGAUUACAUUAAUCGGUAGACAUUCUGGAUAAUUAUAAAUAUUAAUAAUUAUUAAAAAUGGGCGAGGACUGUGCCUGCUGUUGUUCGCUUAGUGUGGGAAUCGUUAUUUUCAUACUUGGAGUUGCAAUUAUAGACUGGAUAAAACGAAUGCAACGUGGAAAAGCAUCCCUGGUCGGAGAACAUGUUGUGAUUACGGGUGGAUCCAGUGGAAUUGGGAAAGAACUGGGAAUCAAGUCAGCAGAGCGUGGAGCACACGUCACAAUUUUAGCGAGAGAUGUUCAAAAAUUAGAAGAGGCUUGUAAGGAAAUUCGCAGCCGAGUUAAAUCCUCCUCACAGAAUAUUAAUUUCUUCAAAGCGGAUGUUACAAACUACGAAGAAAUUGAGAGUGUGUUUCGUCGGUGUGAAGUUGAAGUCGGACCAAUUGACAUACUUAUCAAUUGUGCUGGCUACGCUUUCCCAUCAAAGCUGGAGGAUAUCCCUUUGCACCAUAUCAAGGGUAUGAUGGAUAUUAAUUACUUGGGAACGGCGUAUGCCGUUAGAAGUGUUUUAUCAUCAAUGAAGUCUCGGCGGAAAGGAAGAAUUGUUUGUGUUUCAUCAGUGGGAGGAUUGGUGGGAUUGUAUGGGUACACGGCAUAUUCUGCCUCAAAAUUUGCAAUUAGAGGUUUCUGUGAAGCUCUACAAAUGGAAGUUAAACCUUAUGGGAUCUCGGUGACAGUGUCCUGUCCACCUGAUACAGACACUCCAUGUUUUGAGGAAGAGAACAAAGUCAAACCGGAAGAGACAAAACUAAUCAGUGCAUCUUCAGGCGUAUUCCCACCAGCUAAAGUUGCUGAAGAUAUUUUGCGAGAUACCUUGGCUGGAGAUUUCUUCACGACUACUGGAAUGGAUGGAAAUUUAAGUACUAUGUUGAAUGCUGGAAUGUCACCAAUGUCUUCAGUGUUUGGACUUUUGUUGCAGACAAUGUUCAGUGGGAUUAUUCGCCUAGUCAGUUUGGGAUAUCUCUACAGUUUCAACAGAAUUGUAGAGAACUGUGCCUCAAAAAAAGAAAAACGAAAGAAAUUGGAAUGAACCGAUAAGUUAUCCCAGCACAGCUUGUCAAUUUUUUGCAUUUAAUUGUGUGUCGUCAGUCAUUUAUUUGAUGUGAUUUAUUUUGCCAUAUUUUGGAUACUCGCGUGUAAUUUUAUGUUAUGCUAUGAGUUUUCCAGCAUCUUUUACACCAUAAAAAUUAUUAAGCGGUAUUGUGCUUUUAAUUUCCCCAUCAUCCACGUGCUACAUGAAAAUAAAUAGUUACCCACACGCA